AAAAAGUCUCCAAGAUAAAAUGAGGUCGCUGGAUCGAGUUUGAUGUCCUCGAGAUUAUAAACACUUUGUCAGGUGGCUGCGAUGUACGGUGGAGAAGCGAAUAAGGACUUUCCAAAGGCUUUGAACCAAGGAAUCAGAGCAAACGAAGCGAAGAAGAGCGAGCGAGAGACGAAGACGGCCACGAUGACCAGGCUUUCCGGCGUUCCGGCGUUGCCGUUCACCUACGUCGCUCACGUACUUGAGGUGGUGGCUGCCGUGCUGGUGCUCGUUUGGAACAUCCACUUUCGUGGAGGCCUUGCUUGGGAUUCUACUAAUAAGUCGCUCAUAUUCAAUCUUCAUCCAGUUGUCAUGGUGAUUGGUUUCUUAAUCCUUGGAAGUGAAGCUAUAAUGAGUUAUAAAGGUCUUCCAUUUAAUAAAGAAGUAAAUAAGAAGAUCCAUUUGACUCUGCACUUAAUUGCUCUUGUUCUGGGUAUUUGGGGAAUCUCUGCUGCAUUCAAGUUUCACAAUGAAAGUGGAAUCGAUAAUCUUUACAGCUUACAUUCCUGGGUUGGCCUCGGAACUAUCUGUUUAUACGGCAUUCAGUGGAUUUUCGGAUUCGUCACCUACUUCUACCCGGGCGGUUCACAAGCCCUUCGCCGUGAGGCUCUACCAUGGCACGCAUUGUUCGGGAUGUUCGUGUAUAUACUGGCACUAGCUGCUGCACAAUUAGGCUUUCUGGAGAAGCUCACCUUCAUUGAGAGCGCAGGUGUACUUAAAUACGGUGCCGAGGCCUUCUUGGUGAACUUCACAGCCCUUGUUGUCAUACUGCUGGGGGCUGCUGUUGUUAUCUCUGCUGCAAUUCCUGGUCCCUCUGAAGACCCUCACAGUUACAGCUCUAUAUCAGAUGCUUAAAACUUUAUCACUGUUUAUAUAUUCUUCAUUUCCCUACUCCAUUGUGAUUAUCCAGUUAUCAAUGGACUACGUAUAAACUCAUUAUUGGGUUGUUAAUCUGAAAGUCUAUAUACGCUCGUAUUAUAUAAUUGAGUGAUGGUUAAAAUAUGCUUAUAUUUGACUGUAUUA